GCCCCUAGGAUGGCCCCAGAAGACUCUUCUCUCCCGCACACCCUACGCUCCUCCCUGCAGAGGUGUUUCCGCGCCCUCCAGGAGCAGCAUGAGACCUGGAAGAGCGUGCUGGCUGGGUGCACGCCUCUUCUGGGUUCCCUGAGCAAUCUGGCAGAGCAGAUGCAGGCAUCCCAGAAAGUGGCCUUUGCCAAUACCCCGCUGCAAGACUUCCCAAGUCUACCAGAGAGACUCAGAUGCCGCCAGCAACGUGCAGCGGAAGCUUUGCUGGAGGAGCUAUGGGAGAAACUACUUGAGCUGCAAAAAGUGCGGGAUGCAGUUGGUGUUCACUCGACCUCUGUUUUCCAGCUGUAUGAGCAGCAAGAAGACCUGUGUCAGGAGAGGGCUUUCCGGCGCUCUGUGCUUUGCCCGUCGUUGGCAGAUAUGUUAGAGUGGCUGCUGGAUGUGGAAGGGUUUUAUCGUGGCAUCUACCUGGAGGUCAAGAUACUGCUCCUCCAGGUCACAUAUGAAGACUUAACCAAGAUGCGGGCUCUUCCAGAGGCCUGGGAGCAGGUGCUGCAGCGCAGCCUCCACACUGUGGUAGAAGAUGCGCUACUGAAAGUCUCCUUCUUCCUGGAAGCUGGGUGA